AUUACUUACUUACUUAGCAUAUCCGUUUUAUCAAACGCUAUCAGUUUUCAUGUUAUAUAUAAUCUUACUCAUUAUCUACAAGUUGACUUACUGCUGGGGAUUACAACGAUAACUGCUAAUAACAUAUUAUACAUGCAAAUCUUUGAAGCCGUUCAUUUCAUCACAACAGUAAAUGAAUUGACGUGACAGACUUCGUCUUUUUAACUUUUUCUCAUUUGCUGCAGUUGUGAUAACGUAAGUGUUUAAAAAUUCAACGUGUUAUCAGAAAUGCGGUUCAUUAGCUCAGGGAAACUGUUCAAAGUAAGCUUUGCAGAUCCAAACAAUGUCUGCUUCAAGCAUUAUAAUAUUACUGGCCCUACUGUCGGUCUUUCUUUUUGUUGUCAAUGGAGAUGAAGAAUGUUACGCGGAGAUCGAUAUACCUCAUCUCUUGAUGGGCACCAAGACGGCUUACGAAUCGAGCAGAGGAAAUGCCACUCGUUUACCAAUUGAAUCAGCAUGUAAACCAGUGCAAAUCUGGGCAUUGAUUCGACACGGCGCGCGUUACCCCGACAGCAACGUGAUCAAGCAGUUCUCACAGUUAAAUGGAUUGCGAGACGAGAUUCUUUUAAACCACAAUCAAAGGGGUAAGCUCUGUGAUGCCGAUUUAAAAAAUUUACGAGAAUGGAAAAUGAAUCCGGAGCCGAACAAGAUGCCGGCAAAAGAGUUGACCGAGAGCGGCAAGAAGGAGAUGCGAGAGUUUGCCAGGCGCCUGAAAGAUAGCUACCCCGAACUCCUGCAUGUGGAAAGUUCGCAAAACUGUACAGAGGCGGACUAUAAAUUUAGAGCGACAGAUAUACAAAGAACGAAAGCGAGUAUGGAGGCUUUCAUGGAUGGCUUGUUAGAGGGGAAAAAGGUGAAACCGGAAGAACCACCAAAGAAGGAUUCGCUUUUGUAUACGUACAAAAAUUGCCCUGCGUACGAGGACAGUUUGAUAUCCGACCCCAUAGUUAAUAGUGAGACAAUUAAGUUUACAAACGGUCCCGAUUUUCGAGCCGUUCAGCAAAAUGUGUCCGAUCGUCUUGGAUUUGAGAGUCUCAUCGACACAGAUGCAAUGUUGUUCGUCUACGAGAUCUGUCGCUUCGAAACGGCCUGGCACGGUCGAUCAGCCUGGUGCGCAGCUUUUAGCUCAAAGGAUAUCAAUGUACUCGAGUACCGGGAGGAUAUUGGUUGCUAUUAUUACUGCGGACCUGGACGACGCAUAAACGAGAUGCUUGGCUGUCCACCAUUACAGGACAUGAUCAGAAGAUUUAGAAAUUUUGAGAAAAAUGCCGACGAGCCCAAAGCCGUCUUUUACUUCACACACACGGUGACACUUCAGGCAACUAUGGCAGCAAUGGGCAUCGGAAAGGACAAAUAUCCACUUCUAUCCAGCAAUUACCAUGCAGCAGGCGAUAGGACGUUCAAAACUUCACUGAUAGGACCGUUUGCCGGUAAUCUAGUGGCCGUCUUUCACAGGUGCAGUAAUAAUGGAGUGACUCAACACAAAGUUACUCUACAUGUAUCUGAGCGUUUGUGGCCAGUCUCCGGUUGUGCCGAUGGUAUCUGCGAUUGGGAGAUCUUUGAACAAAAAUAUGCCGACGCAGCUGAUCAGUGCAAUUUGCAUUUUUGUAACUCGCCAAUAGAUUAGUCGAGAACCUUUCAAUACUCAUUGGUACGGUUUUAUUUGUCGCAAUUACGACGCUGCUAUCUAUUUAAUUUUACUUAUUUGAAGAUUUGGACAUUUGCGUAGUAUGUCUACAUGGGUUUUAUAGGUUUUACACGUGGAUCAUGAAUUUCACAUUCGUAUGCGAUGUUGCUUUAACAUUAAAAUACACUCUAAUGAUUGUUAAGUAA